AUGCCUCCCAAGAAGUCCGACAACGCCGAUGGCCCUGCCGUCAGCGGCCUCCGCGACAACGAGCUCCGCUUCAUCAAAGCCGUCUUCGACAACAUGACCCAAAAGCCCGACGCGAACUGGACCCAAGUGGCCAGCGACCUGGGCCUCAAGGACGCCAAGUGUGCCAAGGAGCGCUUCCGCCAGAUGUCUGUCCGCCACGGCUGGCGCACCACUGGCCAGACUACUCCUGGAAGCAGCCCGAGCAAGGCGAAGAAGGGAGACGUCACUGGUCCUUCUGGCGAUGGCAAGGUGGCCAAGAAGCCGCGCGUGAGGACUCCGAGGAAGCCUGUUGCUAAGAAGGAUCUUAGCGAGGAUGAUGAGGGUGAUGAUGUUCACAAGGAUGAGGAUGAUGUCAAGGAGGAGAAGAUGGGUUCGGAGGAGGACGAUGAGAUUUAUUUCUGA